AUGCGUUACGAAGCGACCAAUGAAGAAGGAGAUCGACUUGGUGACAUCAAUCAACUGCAGAUGAUGACAAAUGCAGGCGAGUUGGUAGGUUGGGAGAGCUUAUCGGAAAGAAUACGCAAGAUGCGUGAUAGACAACAGCAUCCGGUUGCCGGGAAAACUCUUGCGGACUUCGAUGAAGAAGAACGUACUAGAAAAGUGGAAACAGCUAAAUGGCUAGAACAUCAUUUUGGUAGCGAAUCAACCAGGUCGUCUACUGGAAACUUAUCAGAAGAAGAAGAAGAGGAUGAUCGAGGUCAUCAAAAGACAACGUCCAAUAGUUUCAUUAACGUGACUAUGAAAUCAACAGAGACUCCAGCCAAUGGAUACUUCAAAGGAGUGUCCGAAUGGAAAAAUAAUGAUUCGGCACCUAUCAGACCCCCAAUUAGAAGAAAAAGAGAACAAAAAACCGAAAUUAUUAAAAACACUGUCAAUGAAUUAGAGUCAUCUCCAUUGUUCAAUUCAGUUCAACAAAGGGUCCAGGGAUACGAAAUGACAAAAGAUAAAUUGUCUGGACGUAAUGCGAUAAAUGGGUUUAACCAAUCGCAUCACAACGGAUAUGUUCAGACUGUGGCUGCCGACAGACGUCACGACGCAACCGAUUCGCCGGCGCCGUCGGACCCAUACCGGUCGUGGGACCACCGCCGGCGGCGAUCGGCGGACGGCCACCGCAAUAACAAACCGACGGCCACGGUGGCGCCAGAACCGAAACCAGACUAUUCGCCGGAACCCGAACGGCGGGCCAGCAACGGGUCGUCGACGGCGGGCGGCCGUUCGAAAAAGGUGUACCAGAAGACGAGGUUUGCUGCGGACGCGCGGCCGGCGCCCGACAACGGCGGCAACGGCAAACAGGAGCGGAAGAAAUCGUUUGGCGAGUCGUUCCGGAGGCUGGUGGGAAAGUUCACAGGCGGGCACGGCAACAAGUCGGACGCCGAUCGGAAGAAAACCCGGAAGAAACCGGAAUCGGCCGAGCGACGGCCCGCCGACAGCGGCGACGACGGCGACUACGGUUACGGCGGCGGCGACGGCGAGAACACCUACAGGAGUUACGACGGCGGCGUCAGGCCAGCCGCGGACCGUCAUCAGCGGUUGUUCGGCAGCACGCAGACCUUGGACAGACACCGAGCUGGACGGACGGUCGACAACAACCGUAGCAGGGCGCGCGACGAAUACGACGACUACGACGAAGACGACGGCGACGACGAAGGACACCAUCGCGAAGACGACGACGGUCACCGGUACAACGAUCAUCACCGCGGUCAGGACGCCAGAGGACAAUCGCCGGUGAUGAACGGCGGCGGCAGGACCGGCAACGGCGUGCACAGAUACUACUUGGGCGAGGACCCGUUCGGCGGCAGCAUUUACGGCCGCGAGAGGGAAUACGACGGCGGCAAGCGCAGACCGCAUAAGAAGAACGGCGGCGGCGGCACUUACGACUCACCGCAACACCAUCACCACACUCAUUACGUCCAGAGGACUAUACCAGUGAACACGACUAGUACUACAUUGGGUCGGUUUAGUAAGUCUACAGGACGUCUGUUAGCUGACGAUAACAACAGUAACGUGUCGGACAGAGCACAAACGCUACCCAGGAAACUUCGAACGGAGAGCAAAAUAAAAAAACAGGUACACGCGUCCCGGGAGAACGAUUACGGCGGCGUUACGAACCGGUCGGCAGCCAACUCCGGGAGCAUGAUCAACGUGUCGUUCGCCAACGGGCCGACGAAACCGCAGCGGACGUUCUCGAAACCGUCGUUGCUCCGGAGCCAGAGCUUCAACGUGCAGCCGGACCCUGGACACCAGACGCGACGGUCGGUGAGCACGUUGCACCGGCUGGAAGAGUCACCGCCGCCGCUGAAGAGUCCGAACAUCGUGAGCAUGUUGAGCAGGAGCACCAAGGACCUGUCGGUGGGCGCGGACGACGGGUAUAGAUCGCUGUCCGGCAGCUGGGCCAGCCCGGGAGAGCUGAGCAACGGCGGCGGCGGCGGCACUGGCACUGCGUAUCGGCGGGACGAUCCGAAGAAAAAGAUCUUCAUGAAGGGCCUGCUGGACCACGCUCCCGAGCUGUACAAGACGCUCAGCCACCAGGAGGACGCGACCACCACCAGCCGGCGGUAUUCGCCCGUCAAGAUGGACAGACCAUCGUAUUCGAGCAGCGGCCACUCGUCGUCGCCAACCAUCAGGCACGGAGGCGGUGAAGUGACCAACCGGAGCGUGGUACGCCGUGGCAGCAAGGACGAUUACACCGAGACGGUGCGGAUCACGUCCAAGUCGGACGACCCGUACCGGCCGAGUGUCACCAACACGGUGCAGAACUUCACGAAGAAAAAGGUGCCCAGGGACGGCCGGGUGGAGACCAUUGAGUCGACCGAGACAAAGACGGUGACCAAGAGUCGGUACAACGGCGGCAGUGGCGGCGACACCAUCAACGGGUACAACGGCAUCGGCGGCGGAGGAGUGGUGAUCGAGGUCAGGAACGGCAGGAACUGA